AAAAAAAAAGAAAGAGCUGUAAUCACAUGGGCUUGUUGUUUGUCUCUGGCUGGGACCUGCCUUCUCUUCCUUCGUCUACCUCCUCAACCACCAUCACCAUCACCAUGAGGAUGAGCAUGACCAUGACCAUCAUCUCCAUCAACUCUUAGUCCCUUACUAAGAUUCCCCAUCUCCUCCUCCUCCUCCUCCUUCUCCUCCUCCUCUUCCACCCUCCGCCCCUUCUGUCCCGCCGGGCCUCCCUAUGGCUGACGAUAAGGAAAUUUCUGCUUCUGUAGUUGAUGGGAAUGAUCCAGUCACUGGCCACAUCAUUUCGACGACUAUUGGGGGCAAAAAUGGAGAACCCAAACAGACAAUUAGUUAUAUGGCAGAACGUGUUGUGGGGACUGGGUCGUUCGGAAUUGUUUUCCAGGCAAAAUGCCUGGAAACUGGUGAGACAGUGGCUAUAAAAAAGGUAUUGCAGGACAGGAGAUAUAAGAACCGGGAAUUGCAGUUAAUGCGUGUAAUGGAUCAUCCAAAUGUGAUUUCCUUGAAGCAUUGUUUCUUUUCAACUACGAGUAAAAAUGAACUUUUUCUGAACUUGGUCAUGGAAUAUGUCCCGGAGACAAUGUAUAGAGUUUUGAAGCAUUACAGCAAUGCAAAUCAGAGAAUGCCACUUAUUUAUGUAAAACUUUACAUGUACCAGAUUUUUAGGGGGCUUGCUUAUAUACACGCUGUACCUGGAGUUUGCCAUAGAGAUUUGAAGCCUCAGAAUCUGUUGGUCGAUCCCCUUACUCACCAAGUUAAGCUCUGCGAUUUUGGAAGUGCAAAAAUGCUGGUCAAAGGAGAAGCAAAUAUUUCAUACAUAUGUUCACGUUUCUAUCGAGCUCCAGAACUUAUAUUUGGUGCCACAGAAUAUACAACUUCAAUUGAUAUUUGGUCAGCUGGUUGUGUCCUUGCAGAACUCCUUUUGGGUCAGCCAUUGUUUCCUGGAGAAAAUGCAGUGGACCAGCUUGUAGAGAUUAUCAAGGUUCUUGGCACACCAACCCGAGAAGAAAUACGUUGUAUGAAUCCGAGUUACACAGAUUUCAGGUUUCCACAGAUAAAAGCUCACCCUUGGCACAAGGUUUUCCACAAACGGAUGCCUCCAGAAGCAAUUGAUCUGGCUUCACGACUGUUGCAAUAUUCACCAAGUCUUCGCUGUACAGCUCUAGAAGCAUGUGCACAUCCUUUCUUUGAUGACCUUCGUGAACCCAAUGCUCGACUACCAAAUGGUCGCCCAUUUCCACCGCUCUUCAAUUUUAAACAGGAAUUAUCCGGUGCUUCUCCAGAGAUUAUUAACAAGUUAAUACCUGAGCAUGUGAAGCGUCAAUUAGGUCUAAAUUUCUUGCAUCCCGCUGGCACAUAAUUGUGGAAAAAGGUUAUAUUAAGUUGAUAUUUUUCCAGUUGAUGUCUGACCUAAAGGUUGUCAUCAUUGUGGUUAAAACCAGUAUAUACUUCUAGGCCCCUACCAGCGUUGUUUCUCACUCUCCCAGACGAGUACAAAGACUAAGGCAGCUGGAUAACUGCAUUUCCCUAAUGGGUUCUUUUUUUCCUUUCCUGUUUUAUCCUUUUCUCCAUCCCCUUUUCUUGAAACACCUUUUUGUUUUUGUACAUGUUCGAUAGUAAAAGAUAGCCUGGAGUUGGAAUGCAAAGCUGCUAGCAGAGGAAAAACUAGUUGAAAGGGUGUAUCUAUAUAAUAGCUAGGAAGAGGUCCCACUAUGGAAUGGCUGAAGCAAAAAGGGAUGGAUUUGUUGGGUUCUUGGGUUUGGUUUACUUAAAAUGUUGUUUCUUAUUAGUGCCGAGGUGAUUUGUGGUGGAUGACUUGGAAUUGCGGACCAACGUUGUUACUUACUGUUUGUGAAAACUUAAAAAAGUAAUAAUUUUUCUAUUUAGUA